AAAAAAAAAAAAAAAAAAAAACAAAUUUUUCCUUGAAGUAAUAAAUGUUCUAGUACAACAUCCUCUAUUCUUGUACUGUUGUACGUCAUAUCAAAAUGUACUACUCUUCUCCCCGAAUAUUGUACUACGUACAUAGCUUAUAGACCAACCCAUUCAAAACAACAAAAUUCACAAAGAUCACAAUUUUGGAACGAUCACUAUUUCCCGAACAAAAAAAAAACAAAGAAAACCCCUCAGAAAAUCUUCCAAAUUCUCCAACAACAAACAACAAAUCACCCCCAAAUUCCAAUCUCUCCCCUCCAAAAUUCAAGAUGAUGCACAUGACUUUCUACUGGGGUACAAAAAUGGUGUUACUCUUCGAUUUCUGGAAAACCGAUUCAUGGCUAAGUUACUCACUCGCUCUCUUAUUCUGCUUCCUCUUCUCCGUCUUCUACCAAUACAUGGAAGAUCGCCGAUUAUGUGUUUUAACCAUCGGUAUCGUCCCACCACCUUCGGAUCAGCCGUCAACGCCGUUUCUCCACCCUCGACUUGGAACUCGAUUGAGUAAAUCGGCUCGAUUUGCGACGGCCGUGCUGUUUGGCGUCAACUCGGCAAUUGGGUAUGUUUUGAUGUUGGCUGUGAUGUCGUAUAAUGGUGGUGUGUUUAUUGCUAUUGCUUUGGGGCUUGCUGUUGGGUAUUUCUUGUUCCGUGCUAAGGAGUAUGAAGCUUUGAUUGUUGAAGAUGCUUGUGCUUGUUCUUGAUUGGAAAUUUCUAUUUUGUGAUGUUGUAAUUUUAUUUUUUGUUUUCUGAUUUUACUUGUAAUUUAUGGUUGUUUAUAUUUUGGUGAAUUUGAUGGAAUUAUUGGAAUUUGUAUAUCGAUUGGUUUGGGUGAAUUUGAUCAAUUGGAAUUUUUAUUGAUUUA